AUGGGGGUUGACAAGUUGGCCGUGACCUGUCCCCCGCAGUUGCAGCGGUCGGGCGAGACGGAGCAACAAACCGCGGUGCAGGAACAGAAGCCGGCGCAAAACGUGACGGUGCAAAGUACGGUGCUGGAGGAGAAUGGGGCGUUGAAGAAUGCGGCGGUGGGGAAUGAGAGCAUGACGGACCAGGCCAAGUUCGGUCCGAUGGCUCGUGGGAACAAGCGGGAGGUGCUUCGGAGUUUGUCACCGGAUCUCGAUCUGGCCUUGCUGGUUCGGUUAGAGCCUGAGAUCUACGUGGCGCUACAGUGCGAUUCGCACGACUCCAAGCUACUCCUGCGGCGCCGGUCCGAUGCCUUUGUCCAAGCCCAUGGACUCAACCCCGUGGUGGCCAGUGGCUUGGUGAAAAAGUGUCUGAUUAUGAUGCGGAAAAAAGACACUCUCUCGGAAAAGAAAAUGCUCGGUACCGUCCGACUCAAGUCUACAGCACUGCUCCAGUACUGCGUCGUAGACAUCAUAUCCCUUUUUUAA